AUGGGUGAUAACUCCAUUAUUAGUGCUGUUGCUGCUGCCUCUGCAAAUUUGUGUGUUUAUGAUUCUAUUCCAGGUACUGGCUUCAAUACUUGGAUAAUUGACACUGGUGCUUCUGAUCAUAUGACUUAUGAUGCUAAAUUUUUUGAUGAGUUGUCUAGUAACACCUGUGACCCAUACAUAUCUAGUGCUAAUGGCUUGCCCUCUCCAAUUACUGGUGAGGGCACAAUCUCUCUCACUCCUACUUUGUCCUUGUCUUGUGCGUUACUAGUUCCCAAUAUCCAUUGUAACUUGUUAUUUGUUGGUCGAUUACUUGAUACACUUAAUGUUUCUGCUACUUUCUAUUCUACACAUUGCUUUUUUCAAGAUCUCAAGACUCAUAAGACAAUUGGGCAUGUGUCAAAGACAAGCAGAAAAUUUGGUUAUGGCAUCGUCGCUUGGGACACCCGUAAUUUGGCUACCUUAAGCGGGGAGAAGAGGAGUGAAUUGGAGAGUUUUAUAUUGGAGAAUGAUGUGUUUGAAGAUACUGCUCUAGGGAAAGAAAUGACCUAUCACACUAAAGCAAGUGACCGGUCGCCCAUAUCUGAAUAUGAAACUUGUGGUCUUUAUGAAGAAACGACUGAUCACCCUUUGGAACUCGACCGGUCCCCUAUAUCUGGAGAUGAAGCAGGUGCUCUCGGUGUCGAAACGACUGAUCACCCUUUGGAACUCGACCGGCCCCCUAUAUCUGGAGAUGAAGCAGAGUUUGGUGCAAUACCUCCCUAUGCCCUACUAGUGCCCCAAUCUACUCGUGAUACUGAAUUAAGUGAGUUAUCUAGUGUAUAUGUGCCAACUAAGUUGCAGGAUGCUUUAUCUAACCCCAAAUGGAUGGAUGCCAGGAAUGUUGAAAUGGAUUCCUUGAACAAGAAUAAAACAUGGAAUUUAAUUCCUUUGCCACAAGGGAAAAAAGCUGUUGGAUGCAGAUGGGUGUUUACUUUGAAGCAUAAAGCUGAUGGUUCCAUUGACCAUUACAAGGCUAGAUUGGUAGCAAAGGGUUAUACUCAGACUUAUGGAGUGGAUGAUUUGGAGACCUUUGCUCCAGUGGCAAAGCUCAAUACUGAGGAGAUUUACAUGGAUCUCCCUCAUAGUAUUCAUGUAACCUCUAAGGAGGGUGUUGCAUGUAAAGUGCGAAAGUCUUUAUAUGGACUGAAGCAGUCUUUAAAAGCGUGGUUUAGGAGAUUUGCUGCAUCUAUGAAGAAAUUUGGGUAUGUGCAGAAUCAGGCAGAAAUGCAAAAUCUUCAGAAGUAUCUGGCUUCUGAAUUUGGGAUGAAGUCAUUGGGUGAUUUGAAGUACUUUCUUGGAAUUGAAGUUGUCAGAUCUAAACAUAUGAGUCAGUUUAUGCAUUCUCCUAGUGAAGAUCAUAUGAGUGCUGUGAUGCGCAUUUUGAGGUAUUUGAAAGUAACUCCUGAAAAGGGGUUAAUGUUUUGCAAGUAUGGUCAUACAGAUGUGGAAGGGUAUACGGAUACUGAUUGGGCUGGUUCAAUUCACUGA